CCAGGCGCGGCCACGCACUCGUCUGCCCUAGACGGAGGUUGGGCGCGGCGGCUGAGCCUGCUGCUAGGUUGCUCUAGCUGGGCGCGCGGGGAGGCGGCGAGCACAGCUGGGCCGGGACUUCCUUCCUCCCUCUACCGCAGGACAAAAAACAACCCGGCAGCAGGCGUUGAGCCCUUGGCAGCUGUCUGGGCGAGAGGCGCAGCGAUGGGCUCCGUGCUGAGCAGCGAUAGCGGCAAAUCCGCCCCCGCCUCGGCCGCCCCGCGGGCCCUGGAGCGCAAGGGGGACCCCGAGCUGCCCGUCACGUCCUUCGACUGCUCGGUGUGCCUCGAGGUGUUGCACCAGCCCGUCCGGACCCGCUGUGGCCACGUAUUCUGCCGUUCCUGUAUCGCUACCAGUCUGAAGAACAAUAAAUGGACCUGUCCUUAUUGCCGGGCCUAUCUUCCUUCAGAAGGAGUUCCAGCCACCGAUGUAGCCAAAAGAAUGAAAUCCGAGUACCAGAACUGCACCGAGUGUGACACCCCGGUUUGCCUCAGCGAAAUGAGGGCACACAUAAGAUCUUGUGAGAAGUAUAUAGAUAAGUAUGGACCGCUGCAGGAACUUGGGGAGACGGCAACCAGGUGUGUGUGUCCAUUUUGUCAGAGGGAAUUGGAUGAAGACAGCUUGCUGGAUCACUGCAUUACUCACCACAGAUCAGAAAGGAGGUCUGUGUUCUGUCCACUUUGCCGUUUACUACCUAAUGAGAAUCCAGGAAGCUUUAGUGGCAGUUUAAUAAGACAUUUGCAAGUCAGUCACACUUUGUUUUAUGAUGAUUUCAUAGAUUUUAAUAUAAUUGAGGAAGCUCUUAUCCGAAGGGUCUUAGACCGGUCACUUCUGGAAUAUGUGAAUCACUCAAACACCACAUAAUUUAAUUUAGAGGAAAGGGAAGGAGACCAUAGAAUUGCACCAUUUGUUAAGAUGCUGCUUGAACAAUUGGAGGGGGAUUGUCAAGGUUCCGUGGGCAAAAAUGUACAACACUGCUACACGUUUGUCCAUGUUUAUUGUUAUAUUGCGUUUUAAAACUGCUUUCAUUUUGAUGGCUUAAAUCUGUUUUACGUUCUUGAGGUUUUUAGACACUUAACAACAAAAAAUAGUCUCCAUCAGCCAUUAAUAUAUGGAAGAGGACAUAAGGCAGGAUAUGUGGGUGAAGGAUCUUUAUUUGCGAAUUGGAUGAUACUAUGUGUAAUGCUACAUAUUAAUAACUACUAUCAUGGUUGAGCAAGAUAACUAAUCUUUGUUCUAUCUAAAAAGAUGGAGAGUGAAACCAAGUGUGGACAUUCAAGGAAAUAUGAAAUCUGUUGUAGUGCUCAUCUAAUCUCUAAUAGAAUAAUAUGAGUAGCCUUGUAUUGGAGUAGGGAGGAAAAUUUUGGAAGUCAACAAAGUCCACUUAACCAAAUUGUAAAACAUAAUACUGUAACAAAAUAAAUUUUGUGUUAGGAAUGUAUACUUAAUUCUUUGACUUUUUACAACUAUGCAC